AUGAUAACUGAUCGGAAGAGCUGGAUACUUCGCGAGAAGCCUAACCUCUUCGUAUUAAUUCGGUAUCUACUAUCCGGUACUCUGCUGCCCCGGCUGUAUAUUUAUAUUCCGCUUGGCACAAUACUACUUAUAUUGCUGGUCGAACUUUUCCUUUUUAUCUUUAGGAACGGUGUCUUCCCCCUACGUCCCUAUUCUCAGCAAAGAGGUAACACCGCUGAAAGUAAGGAUUGCACUUAUAAGGCCCCUAUAUAUCGAGGUAGGCCAAUAUAUAAGCCUCUGGAUACCCGCGGUAAGCCUAUUCUCCUAGGCCCAGACACACCCGUUUAUAGUGAUAUCUUGGUCGCCAGAAAAGUAGGAUAUCCUAGAGCUUUUUGUUUAACCUCGAAGAGGGCUCACUGA